GCGAUGUGCGGUUCAACGAUUCAGUGUCUCUUCCCUCAGCCCUCCUGAAGUGCCUCUCUUCUACAUGGUACAGAAUCGAACCAUAUACAUGCGCACAGUCAGCGAUAAUUGCUUCUGCCAAGCUUUGGCUCAGUUUGCUACACCCGCAGUGAUGGGCACUAGCGCCUGCAUACAUAACCUAACUAACCUGAGCCCCUCGACCUGGACUUGGAUGUCCUUUUUGUUUCGAGUUCUACCCAGAAUCACUGCCCAAGCACUUGCACCAAUCCCGAAAGCAACCCAGCAUACGUCCAAUACAGAGCUUCUCUCAUUCACCAGAUUAGGCCCGGAAUAUUGCUUAUUUCGCUAGUAUUGCCAUACGAACAUCAAUUCUACUGUUCGAAAGAACAUGGAUCCAUUCAUCCAACUCUUUUGUAGCACUCACGAUGGAGUGAUCCUUUCCCCGCGUAAGGCGGGCCCGCUCAGCGAUAUUCGCGCUGUCGCUAGGCAGGUUUUGCAAUCAGCCUUCACCUCUGCUAGCAUUGUUAAACCCAAGGGUGAUUCAACCCUUGCGAACAGUGCUUCGCAGCGUCGGCUGAAGGAUGAUGUGUCGAAACCACCCGCUUUGGCUUCGACUGUUGAUGAGUCCGUCUCAAGUGGACAGUUACUUCGGCCGACUCAGGCCGAUCUAGCAGCCAGUCCCUCGACUGAGCAUCGAUUCAACAGGAAUGUUGAACGUGGUGAAUUAUACAUUCACAUCGGGGCUCAACCCAACAACAGUCCUCAUUUUGGGACGAUCACCGUAUUCACUUCAGCCUUCAUUCUUGCUGCUUUCCUGCAGCGGAACUACGCCGCCCUACGAGCCGACCUCAAGACGAUGGGUUGUCCCAUGGAUGACUGGCUGACGACGUUGAAGGUUAUGGUAUCACUCGAUAUCGUCGACACUGCUCCUGACAAUGCUCAGAAAAUCCAACGAGGGGAUGGACUGCAAUACCAGAAGAGCCACCGUGACACGAAUGGGCAUCUGAAAUUCUUACCUGACUACGACGAAAUCAUGGUCAAGCUGUCUACACGCUUUGACGUGGAGUAUAGGAAGACGUAUCAGAGGCACCUCAUGAGGGAGGUUCACCUACCGGCUGUGUUGGAAGAAAUUCUGGAGAGGGAGGAGACGAUUAGUGUAGAACUUGCGCCGGAGAAGGAGGCGCUAGCUGUUCGUCGUGCAUGUCCUGUAGAAGGCUGCGGCAUCGCAGAAAAACAUGGACGUCGCAACAAAUAUCACCUCAAGGGGGUCAAUACCCGCAUUGAAUUCUAUUGCCCCGAUCAUGGUUGCCAUCCAGUUUCGUUGAAUAACCCGAGUGAAAUUGAGACCCUCGAGAUGAAUGCUCCCCUGCGUAAUCUCGUCCGUUCUCGUGUCUAUGCAAGAGACACUGAAGCAAGUCGUAAUGACUUCACUACGCCCAUCCGAGCUCAUAUGCGCGUAACGGGAUCCGACUACGCUGGCUUAUAUCAGGAGCAGCUGCUUUGGCGCCAGAUUCUUCACCUACCCAAUCCUUUGCCACCCACCGUGUUCUAUGUACCGCUCAUCGUUGAUUGGGCUGGGUCGAAACUUUCCAAAAGCCUCUAUGUCAAGUCUGGCGCAUAUAGGUACAUGGAGAAGACCGGUCAGGAAUGGUUUUUGUCAUAUGAAAAGUUGAAGGAAAGAGGGGUGGAUUUGGGAAAAGUUUUUGAUACUAUUGAAGGAUGGAUGCAGGAACCCAAUCAAUUCUUCCGUGCUUGGAGUGUGGAUUCUUUGAAGGGAUUGGCUAGUCCCGUGCAAUAUCCAAUCGCUACUCAGGAAAUGGGCGGGAAAGUCGCUCUUCAGUGUACACACGAUGGUCAAGUGCAUGACCCACUUGGAGCUGGCUCGUAUGUGUACGAACGAGAACUCGGCGUGGCUCUCUCGCGCUACCUCGGACUCAUUCCAACCGCUUUUCGAACGGGUCGACCUUCAGGAACGGCAUCCCCCGAUGAGCGUCCCAGUGUCAUAUCAAUUCAUGUCAAUUUCGGACACGGUGAUCCCCAUGUCGGGAUUAUCACCACAACGAUAUUGGCAUUCCUUAUCGGCCGCAAACUCAUGAACGAUCCUCGCAAUCGCUGCGCUCGCGUUAAGGUCGUCGUCCGUGUCGACGACGUCAAGCUCGCUGGUACCGACCACUUGUCUUUGUACUUCACGCUCCUGAACGAAUGCGUGAAGUUCGUUCAACAUUCGAUGACAUUCCGUAUCGAGACUCAAGAAGACCUCAUGCUAAGAGAAAAUUUACCAAGUGUUCUAAGUCCCAUCAUCCGCGACAGAGAACGUAUCGGUAGAGAAAUUUCUCCGUCGACAUGCCUGCUGCCCAUCACUUAUCCUUGCCCAAAGAGAGGAUGCGGGUUCGUCAGUGCAUUCUCUCGUCAUCUCAGUCAUGGAAUAAACACGCUUGCCUUCGAAUGCUCUACCCAUGGACGUUACAUCAUUGACUUGGAAAGCAGGACUGACAUCGCCAAAAUCAGGUUCGCCGAACCUCUCCGCCAACUGGUUCACACCAUAGCUUAUGCUGAAGACACUGUACGCAGUCGCGAAGAAAUGCUCGCGACUCGGAACGCCCCACAACGAGUUCACCUACAGAUAACAGGAUGGGAACAUGCCGGCUUUACGCAAGAGCAGAUGCUUUGGCGGCAACUUAUGUUACUCAACACUCAGGCAGUGAAAAAUGCUUCUCCGGUUAUCUUGUAUGCACCUCUCAUUGUCGAUUGGUCCGGUGCCAAGCUCUCGAAAUCAUGGUAUGAGGAUGGUGGAUACAAAUAUUUGAAAGAGAAAGGAAUGGAGUACCUUCUCUCGCUGAAGGUGUUGAGGCGUGAAGGAAGGUCUCUGAACCCGUUGUUCAGAGCCGUGGAGGGCUGGGUUGAGAACCCUAAGAAGCUCUUCCGACCGUACUCCGUUGAAUACAUUCACCGACUUUACGAACCAGAGGCCGGCAAAAUCCCAUAAUACCCAGGACAAUCGCACAGUGAGCUUCCUAGUUUCUUUGUGGAUGGUCAGCAGACCACAAGGUGGCCCACUCUCCUUGAUGUUGUACCUGCUUUCACAGGCUGAGAACUUUUCCAUUUGCAGUCUCCAAGGACCUAGAAUCGGUUUGUGACAGGUAUAUAUCGAUCCUAUAGUGUACAUAUUAAAUGCCCUAAUGUAAAGAGUGUUAUUGUCCUGCAAUAAAUUUCAGCCCUAUCGUCAUGUCUCGCAUGCGGAGACAUGAUUGUCAGAAUAACUUCUCCAUAUCCUCGAGCUUCACCUCCUCGACCAAUUUCUUUGUUGCGUAGUAAUACCCUUGCGGGGGUGCGAUUUUGAAACGUGCCUUCAGAUCACUGGGUCCCAGAGGAGGGUUUAACUUGUGCAGGCCUAGCACCGGAUAGCCAUACUUCGAUUGUUUCAGGCCGUUGUCAAAAUCAUCAU